CGCUUUGCGUUUGUACAGUAGCUCACAGUACUACAUGUGCAGGGCGGAGCUUGACGUGCAACAUAACAUUGACAGCGCAACUAGUUUGCUUUAGUCUGGCACGGCAGGAACCUCGACGCUACAGAUGCUACGACGCUGGCUUAAUUCAGCUUAGAAACCUAGUCCAAUUACCAUGCGGACAGGAGGAGAAAUCCCUCCGUGUUCACCGCCGAGCCACUGAAGAAGCGAAGCGCCGUGAACGUGAAGGUUUCCUCAUGACAGCAGGACUGGAGAUGCGAGCGUCGCUCUCGUGGGCUCUGUCUUCAGGGCGAGAUAGCUAGACUUUUCUCAUCUUAUCUGUAAGCCGUUUGUUAUUCUUCCACCAAAGAGCUGCGAGUGGGAUUUCCUUCCUCAGAUUAGACUUUUCUCCAGCUCGCUUCUUAUCAUGGAGAUGUACACGGACGUCUUACUAGUCACUGCAAACGUUGGAUCCCUCUUUGACAAUGUGGGUGAGAUUGAAGGAGACUGGCUGCGAGAGUUCUUCACGACGGUGCACAUGUACAAGCCACGCUUCGUUGCCCUGCACUUUCAGGAAGUUGGUGGAAAGGACUAUAUGGUGAACAUGGGCCAUGCAGAGAACUUUUUCUGGACCAUUGAGUCCAGCUCUGAGAUGGCUGACUUCGACAGAGUCUGUGUCUAUGUAGACAGUCAUUUCAAGGCUGUUGACAGUUUCACGGCUCUGGGAAGCAUGUAUUUCAUCCACAAGUCACUGAAAAAUAUCCAACAGUAUGACUUCAAUGUGAAGGAGUUUAAAGCCAUCUCAGGCCAUAACAAGUACGUGGGCUCGCUGGAGGGGGUGACUACCAUGGAAAAAGAGAAAUUCCCUAAGAACUUUUGGCCUGAUUUCAAGUGGUCGAGAAAAGGCUACAUGAGGACACGAUGGCUCAUUCACAACCAGGGUUUAGACCUGGUGAACGUUCACCUGUUUCACGACGCCUCCAACCUCAUAGCCUGCAACUCUAGUCCGUCAGUGUAUUCCGCAAACCGCAAGAAAGCACUCAGAUACGUCAUCAACAGGAUAUCAGAUAGCAGCUACAGUCCUCUUCCCUUCUUCCUGUUUGGGGAUUUCAAUUUCCGCCUUGAUACACUCAGUCUAGUACAGAACCUCUCCAUGUCGGCUGAUAUCCAGACGGUAAAAAAAGACAGUAGCAACGAGGUAGAAAAAAUCAUUUGUGAGGAGAAAGACAAUGACCACAAGGUCCUCCUUCAUAUAGAGACCAAGUUAUUUGCUUACUUGCACCAGGCCGUGUUCAGAGAAAACAACGGAAAAGAGCUGCUGAAGUACGAUAAGGAGAUCUCGGCAUUCCACGACGUCAUCACAGAGGAGGAGAUACACUUUCCUCCCAGUUAUCCAUACAGUGAAGACUACACUAAACCUACACAGUACAUGAACACACGAUGCCCGGCAUGGUGUGACCGCAUCUUAAUGUCCCACAGCGCGACAGACAUCAUCCACCGGGAGGAGGGUGAGAGUGGUGUUGUUUAUAACACACUGGGCUCCAAUAUCUGCAUGGGAGACCACAAGCCGGUUUUCCUGUUUUUUCCAAUGAAGACAAUUACACAUUGACACACAAUACUGGGAGAGUCAAAGGGGCUUCCUGUGUUGACGUGUACCUAGAGGUUAUUCUGUGAACAUCUCUACCGAUCAUGCCAGGGCUCUGACCACUGCAUGGGACCCCCGAAACCUCCUGCUAAACUCACAUGGGCACAAAACACAGGAACUGUUCAUUUCUGAAAGCUGUGUUCUCUGGUUUUCCAAUAUACAUUUAACAAAGACUUCAAGUACGUUCAGCAUGACUUUGUGAGAAAAUAGGACACAAUCGAGAAAGACCAAGAGGAAGAACACGGAGGCAAUUCUCAAAGCUCUCAACUCCUGACUUUAGAGUUUACACUUUGCAUAGAAUAUGUAAACUUGUGCGAAUAACUAUGGCAAAGCUUUAAAAUUACAACUCCGUUGGUUUGCUUUAACAGUACUCAUUGUAAGGAUGUGAAUACUAGUACAAGUAUGCUAAGCAUAUCCAAACGCAAGCUGCUGCGACGCACAAGCUUUGGUUGCCGUUUCAAUCCGGAAUCGCUUUGCAUUGCAGUCAAUUCAUAGGGUGUAGGGAUCGUUCUGGUUAAACACUGUUCAGCUAUAGUUGCUUUUCAGUUCUUAUACUUUCUGCAUGCGUGAGCAUGGAUUCAUAAGCGCACGUUUUUGCAUUUACACUGGCCUCAGCACUUACGGCUGUCAGCUUUAGUCAUUGUCUCUGCGGGGUUGUUAGUCAGACUCUCGGAUCGAUAGAAUAUGUACAGGACGGCAAGGGACAAGUUAUAAAGCCAUUAGCACUUGUGAAUUAUGGAAAUCCCACCCAGAGUGCUCUGGCCUGGAAGCCCCCCAGACUUUUAAUUAGAGCACUAGUGCAAUGCGAAUGCUAAUGUGAAGCAUAGCGCUCCAAGAUCUGUUUGUUGUUUCAUUCACCCGAAUUUUGGGUAUCUAGUGUGGUUUAAUUAAGUUUAACAGCUCUGUAUAGUAUGGUGUUGGUCCAGCGUUAAAUCCGUUUAAAGCUAGUCAUAAUGACCAAUUUUUAUAUUUUGUGUGGUAAUAUGCUGGUUGUAAAUUGCUUUAUUCAAUGCUUUAUGGAAUUACUUUAAAUUGUAAAUACGUAGCACUUUUUAACUGCUACUGAAUCAUCUUGUUUGUUCUUUUAAAUUCUUGAGGAGUCACAGAUGUGCAGAAAUGUUAUCAAAAGGGAUAGUUUAUCCAAAAAUUAACCAUUUUAAAUCAUUUACUCAUCCUCAAAACCUGUAUGACCUCGUUGGACACAAAAAAAGAGAUAUUUUAAACAAAAGAGUUGACGGUAGCCAUUGACUAGCCAUUAUACUGUGGAAGUCAAUGGCUACCGUCAACUGUUUGGCUUCAAAAUAUCUUCUUUUGUGUUCAACAGAUUAAAAAGCUCAUACAGGUUUGGAACAACAUGAUGAUGAGAACAUAAUUUUCUUUUUUGAUGAACUGUCCCUUUAAGAAUCAGAAGUUGACACACUUUUAUAGUAAAAUAUCCCUCAGCAACAUGUUCCUCAUUUCAAAUCCAGAUCAAACCAUUUGCAAACAAUCUCUACACGCCAUUAUAUCCAGAUAUGACAGAGCCGUGAUUUCUCACCCAAUGUGAAUUUAUUGAUUCAGUCAAUAUAAUCUGAACACCCCCAUGCAUAAUUUACGCACGAGGGUUAAAUGUUACGGCCCACUUGUCAAUAAUGGACUUGUUGUAGUUGAUUCAUGGUAUGCUCAACAUAAUUUACUGUUCUCGAGGGCAUAGCUUCAAACCGUGGUUCAAUAGGAGGCCACGGAGUCGCUCCGGGAACGGCAUCGAUGUCAUUUAGCAUUUUACAGAUAAACACAAACACUACAGUCUUUAGAGAUUUAUGUGCACUGUUAUUAGCAUGCUAAGUUAACGUGUAUGUAGCCAUUCAUGUUUGCACUCAUUUCGGGGAGUUAUUUUACUUUGCAGUGAUGUGAGCAUUCGUAGACUAUAGUAAAAAAGUUAUUUUUUGGGGGUUUUUUUUUUCCCAUAGAAAUUGUGAAAUUAGUCACGUUGCAUAUUUUAUGUUAACAUUUUUUAAGUUAUUUCUACUUUCUCUCACUUUUUUAAAUUACAAAAUUAGACUUGUAAUGGGAUCUGCCGAGAACUGUUGAAAAGUACGUUAUAUAUUAAUCUAUAGUGUCUAUCUGGAAGAUAGAUAGUGGUGAAAAGUUUAAGAUGAAUGGUGACUGCUGGGCCGAACUUGUUGAUAAGAUCAGAACCUCUGCCAUUUGAAAUUAUACGUUGUUCAUAGGCUUCAACACAAGCAGAAAUUUUAACACAGUCAUAUUUACCUAAAAAUUGCUGUAGCCCGAAAAAGGCUCUUGAUUAUCUUAAGCGAUUGACACACAAUGUUUGAUACUGUGCCAAAUAUUAUUGAUUUUCUCACCUUUUUUUCCAUUUUGUGACUUGUGACAAACCUUGUGUUUGUAGAUUUGUUGUAACAGAUGCAGUAAAAUGCAGUAAGAUAGAAUGCAGUUGCAGUGCAUUUACUUUAGCUGUACCUCAUGUGCUGUUGAAUGUUGGACUGGCCUGAAACGGUCUAAAGAAAGACCCCCUUACUGUACUAUACCUUCUGCAGCACCUAUGAAUGUUUUUCUUAAAUAUGUUACGUCUCAUUUCCUAAUAAAAUGUGUAUAUUCAUCAA